AUGACCCAGAUCAGGAGUCAAAUGGGCCAGCUCAACAGUAGUGCCAACGACGUCUUUAUUGCCUAUAUGGGCCAGGGCCAGCCUUUCUCCAGCGAUGUGGACCACAUGUGCGGCCAUGGCUUGAUGAGCUUCCCACCCUUCCACGCCAAUGGCAUCGAGAGAGAGAAGCUGGUGGAGCUCUACCGCAUCAUGGUCUACUUUGACUUCUCCCUGGAUGACACCCUCAAGUUCCAGAAGACCCUCUACCCCAAUGAUCAGAACCUCCACAGCAAGCUCAAGUCCACGAUGGACAUCCUACCGGGGCUCCUCAGCAACGUGCUCUGCCGCCUGUGUAGCAAGAACAACAUGAGGCUGACGGACACAAUCUAUGGCCUCAACAUCUCACAGGAGAAUGUCUUCCACAAGAAGAAGCUGGGCUGUGAGCUCCUGUUGAAGUACACACAGCUCAUCCCCUAUCUAGCCUGGGACUUCUAG